CAGCGUUGGUUGCCACAGGUGACUUCAGUUGUAAGUACCGCAGCAGCAGCCACGAAUCCAGGAAGGUCAUUUGUUUAUCUCUAAAAUAAAGUGAAAAUAGCUAAUAGCUCUUCUCGAGCUAAGAACUAAAAUGAGUCCGUUUUAGAUGCUUAAACGCUGGAGGUUUGAUUAAAAAUGCAGCUGAGCAUCAAAGGCCAGAACAACGUCAGAGCAACUUGUUGGCGAAAUUCAUCAUUUAAGCCUCUCUUCUCGAGUGUGUGUGACAUGUCACCUUCACGGUCCAUUCUGCUGGUGGGAGAGGGGAACUUCUCCUUCUCCUCCUCAGUGUGUAAGCUGGAUUCUGAAUCGGGGAGCAACAUAACGGCCACCUGCCUGCAGCAUCAUGAGGAGGCACUGCGGCACGAUGGAGCUGCCGCCAACAUCCAGACCAUCAAGGAUUCAGGAGGAAGUGUCCUGUUUGAGGUGGAUUGCACAAAGCUGGGGGAGUGUGCCUUCCUGAAGGGCCGUGUGUUUGACCUAGUGGUGUUCAACUUCCCCCACUGUGGGAGGAAGAGUGGGGUGAAAAAGAACCGAGAGCUUCUCAAAAACUUCUUCCUCAGUUGUGUUGAGGUUCUGGCCGAGGACGGGGAGGUUCACGUCUCCCUGUGCAACGGACAAGGUGGGACUCCGGCGGACCAGCCGAAACGCGAGUGGCACAACAGCUGGCAGGUGAGUGCCAUGGCAGCCGAAGCUCACCUCAUUCUCAGCGCUGUGCGACAGUUUGAAAGUGACAACCUCCCAAGCUACAAGUCCACUGGAUACAGGAGCCAAGAUAAAGGCUUUCACGUGGGAAAAGCUCUGCUGCAUGUGUUUUCACGCAGUGCCCCAUUCACUCCUGUCCAGAUAGUUCAGAUGGAGGAGGUUGUUGAAGGGGAGACGGUCCACUAUAACAUACCGGCUGAGCUCAGUGAUUAUGUGUCCAGAGGGUUCCUCUCCUCAGAUUCCAUCCAUCCUGUCAAGUUGGUGCAAGACUUUCUUCUCGAAGGCUUAGGGGAACAUUGGCCAGUGUCCAUGAAAAGAGACCCUUUCCCCCACCUCAUGUCAGCCAAGCAACUGCAGACAUGCUGCCACGAUCUUGACAAUUUGCAGUACUACUGGAUCCACUUGCUUCAGAAAGAACUCACCUCUCAGGCUCAAGAAGACGACGCAGUUUGCUCAAACAUAAAAGCCACUUCACCUCCUACCAAGACGGACAGAGUGAGGAGUAAAGGAACUGAGAGUUUACAGCCUGUGUGCUGCCAUGAUUUUAAUUUGGAAGUGGAAGGGGGUCUUUACCUGCUCCGUCCAUCGCUGCUUCCUCAGCUGGAAGAGCUCCUCAUGAACAAAGAUAUUAGUGGUAAUGCAGAGCCUCAAGAGGAAAUUGAUCAAAGUUCUGAGGUUGAGGGCAGUAAGGCGGGAGAAGUGUGGGCUCCAGAGGGGUCGACUGCAUUUAAAUGUCUCCUCUCUGCACGCUUUUGUGCUGCUUUGCUCAGCAACAUCUCAGACUGUGAUGAGACGUUUAACUACUGGGAGCCUAUGCACUUUCUCUUGUAUGGGACAGGAAUGCAAACAUGGGAAUAUUCCCCACUGUAUGCCAUCAGAUCCUACGCUUACUUAUGGCUGCAUGCGCUUCCUGCUUGUUUGCAUGCCCAUGUUCUACAGACUAACAAGGUGUUGGUGUUCUACUUUGUGCGAUGUGUGUUAGCAUUCUGCUGCUGUGUCUGUGAACUCUAUUUUUACAAGGCAGUUUGUAAGAAGUUUGGUUUGCAUGUGGGGAGGCUGAUGUUGGCAUUCCUCGUACUGAGCACGGGAAUGUUCUGCUCCUCGGCAGCUUUUCUGCCUUCCUCUUUCUGCAUGUACACGACCCUGAUUGCCAUGACGGGGUGGUUUCAGGACUCCAUACCACUGGCUGUUAUGGGCGUGGCCGCCGGUGGAAUAGUUGGCUGGCCAUUUUCUGCCUUGAUUGGGUUUCCGAUCGCCUUCGACCUGCUGGUGAUAAAGAGAGAGUGGAAGAGUUUCUUGAUCUGGUGCGCUCUUGCUUUGCUUCUGCUGCUGGUCCCUCUGGUGGCAGUGGACUCCUUCUUUUAUGGCAAACUGGUGAUUGCUCCACUCAAUAUCCUGCUUUACAAUGUCUUUACAGAACAUGGGCCUGAUCUUUAUGGUACGGAGCCGUGGCAUUUUUACUUUCUGAACGGAGUCCUGAACUUCAACCUGGUGUUUGUUUUGGCGUUGUUCUCCCUGCCGCUCACCGCUCUCAUGGAGACGCUGCUGCACAGGUUCAAUGUUCAGAACCUGGGCCGCCCAUACUGGCUCACUCUUUCUCCCAUGUAUCUGUGGAUGUUGGUUUUCUUCACUAGACCUCACAAGGAAGAGCGCUUUCUCUUUCCCAUCUACCCUCUCAUCUGCCUCAGUGGGGCAGUAGCGCUCUCGUCUUUACAGAAAUGCUACCACUUCCUGUUCCAGCGAUACCGACUGGAGCACUACACCGUCUCCUCCAACUGGCUGGCUUUAACCACUGUCGUUGCCUUCACAGUGCUGUCACUGUCUCGCUCUGUCGCUCUCUUCAGAGGGUACCAUGCUCCUCUGGACCUGUAUCCAGAAUUUCACCGCAUCGCCAAGGAUCCCACGCUGCACUCCGUCCCCGACGGCCGACCAGUCAGUGUGUGUGUUGGGAAAGAGUGGUACCGCUUCCCAAGCAGCUUCCUUCUGCCUCACAACUGGCAGCUCCACUUCAUUCAGUCGGCUUUUAAGGGGCAGCUUCCUCAGCCGUACGCCUCUGGGCCUCAGGCCACGCAGAUCAUUCCAGCCAAUAUGAACGACCAGAACCUGGAGGAGCCUUCCAGAUAUGUAGAUAUAAAACAGUGCCAUUACCUUGUGGACUUGGAGACGGAUGAGGAAACGCCACUUGAGCCUCGCUACUCAACCAGUAAAGAAGAGUGGUCUGUCAUCGCUUAUAAGCCUUUCCUUCAAGCGUCAAGAUCCUCUGCUCUCUUAAGAGCUUUCUUCAUCCCAUUCAUAUCAGACCGCCACACCACCUACAGGCGGUACAUGAUCUUGAAAGCACGCCGACAAAAGCAGCCUCGUAAGCGGGCCCACGGCUGACACGUGGACCUGAUCCUUCUCCCUAUCCCGUCCAAGAUUAUUGACAAAAAAAAAUUUAUAAAAAUUAGGAGUUGGUUACAUCCGAUCCACGCAGCCGGUGUUUGUGUGUCAGUGUGCAUGUGGUGUGGUUUGUGUAAGAAAAAAGUGUGUGAAUUAGAGGACCCUUUAAAGACGUCACGUCUGCUUUGGGCUGGAGCGAUUGUCAGAAGAUGUUCUGAAUGGAGAUGUGAUUGCCGAUCAUCAGCGGAGCUUUUGUUUUUUUUUUGUUGUUUUUUUUUUUACUUUUUGUACAUUCAUGUCUUAAAGGUGUAAGCAGAAACUGGAUUUUACACUAAAUCAACCUUAAGAGGCCGCGGCACAACAAAUCCAACUGUUUUCUGUUUAUGCUCUACUUGAAAACGUUGCCUGAAAUGAAGAAUUCCUCUGAACAUUUGAUCCGAGUUAUGUAUCGCCUGCUUGUCUGGAAAUGAUAAAUGAAUGAGGGUGCGUUGUUGACAAGAGUUCCUACUCAGCCUUCUCCUUCCAGUAUUUGGUUUUGCAGGUUCCAUCGCUGAAGAGUGACCACUGCAAAUAUUUCUUCCAUAAAUCCACGGUGAAGUUCGGUUUUUGUAUGUCAAAACCUUCUGCCAAAAUAUUGACCAAACAAAUCUGGAGAAGUAUGAAAUUUGGAAAUGACAAAUGUGUAGGAACACUGUGUUAAUUUAACUUGUGAAUAAUGUGAAUAAAUUCAUGAUUGACUGUG